AUGAGUUUAGAGGAACUGCGCCAAGAUUUGAUGCAGCCAAACCGGCUCUUGAUGUCGUUGGCUUCAAAAUUCCACCCGUUGGCGGUGAAACUUGCCUUCAUCCGACUGUGGGGCGGAAUGCGCGAACUCCUGGAAAAGUACCUUGGCAUAGAUGACGCGCCUGUGAGAAGCGAGGAGGUCAAGAUGAUAAUGCAGCAAAUUUUGAACAAAGCAGAAGCAGAUGAAAUCAAAGCUGCAUGGAGAUCUGGGAGACCAGCAGAUCAGUUUCACAAUCUUUGCGAGAUCUUCUCUCACCAGCUGAAUAGCGAGCCUACCACACUUCAAGCGUUGUUUGCGGCCAUCUUGGUUCCCAAAGUCAAAGAAUGCUUGCCAGAUGUUGCUUGGGAAGAUCUAAAAGCAGUUUUGGCCAACCUCAGCUUGGAUGAUUUGGCUAUCUUCAGGAAGCGGCUUUCUUCUCUUGAAGGUUGGAAGGAUUUGAGCCUUGGAGACGUGUUCCAGAGUGAAGAGCUUUCCGUAGCAUUGGAGAUGGUAAGGCUUCGUCCAACCCUGGAGCCUAUGCUGCCCGAAGGCAUUUCAUGGGCCACAGCGCGGCUCUUGGCAUGCGAUCCAUCCAGCAAACUGACAGCAGAAGGCAUGCGCCAUGUCGUUGCAGAAGUGGUUCGUGAUCCGGACCGCUUCGUUUUGCAGCUCCUUGGACAACUUCCAAGCCCUCAGGAAUGGUUAUUGAACCACAUGAAGCCUCAGCUGGAAUGCUUGCUGCCAGCUGGUGCUUGUUGGCAGGAAAUAGCCGAUUGCCUCCGGAUGAUUCUUCCAGAUCGUGAUCAGUCUCUUGUCGGACAUUUGCAUGUUGUGUUCAGCGCUUCCUGGCGCUUGUCGUCACACACACACUACACAAAUUUGGAUCUUUGA